UCUUCAACUUCCAACAAAUGUAUUCGACAAUACUGAAAAUUUUCAGAAAUUUGUCAACAGAUCCUUCAACAACAAUGGCACUGUUUCCGGCCGACGAUCAAGUUAAAUACACACUUAAAACAAGAGACAUUUCGCCGGUGCACUUGCUCACGGAAAUUGAGUCUUUUUCGAGGCUAUGGAAGCAUAAGAUUGAGCCAUUAGAAUCAUCGGAAUUUGAGUCCGGAGACUACAAAUGCUCUCUACCUACAGGCUGGGAGAUGAAUGCCAUCUUCAGCUUCUUUCUCUACAAUCACAUCUCAGAUAACUAUCUUUGUUUUCGAGGAAAAGCACGGCGCUUUCAUGCUAUAAAUCCUGAAUGCGGAUUUUCCAAGUUGAUCACUAAGGAAAGUAUGACCAAUGGAUACCUUUUUAAGGACAAGUGUGUGUUUGGUGCUGAAGUUUUUGUGAUGAAAAAGCAUGCACCACUCGUUCAGACUGUGUGUGUGCAUCAUGUGUCAAAUCCAUAUAAGCACGAAUGGAAGAUUUCACAAUUCUCCAAACUCCAAGGAAUUUGGAAGUCUGAAGAGUUCUCUACUGGAGGAUACAAAUGGAAUAUUCAGAUGUAUCCCAAGGGAACUGCUAGUGCAUGCGACCGUUACGUCUCCAUGUAUUUGCACUGUGUUGAUUCAAAGAGUUUUGGUUGUGGUAAAAAACUGAAUGCAAGCUGCCUCUUUACGUUCAAAAACAUGCACAAUGCUAUAAAUGACCACUCUAUCAAAGUAAACCACUGGUUCACAUGUUCUAGUCCAGGUUGGGGAUUUUCUGAAUUUAAAGCAAUUGAUGAAAUGCGGGACAACAGCAAAGGCUUCGUUGUUGAUGACUGCUGCACUCUGCAAAUACAACUCUCCGUGGUAGCCCUCCAAGAAGAAGCACUUCGAUAAUUAAUAUUGGAGUAAUAUUAUGACCAAAUGGCCACUUCAUUUGUUUACCCAAAAUUUCCUUUUGAAAUAUUAAUAUUCAAGUUUCUUUGGAAGCUUA